AUGGGAGCUGUUCGUGCGGGCUUCUGGAUCGAUGGGAACGAGCGCAUUGUCAUUCUGGAUCCUUCGGCGGAGCAUCCACGCACGUGGCAGAGCAUAGUCGUUCCCCCGGAAGACGAAAGGUACCAACUCCUUGGUCCUUAUACCCGCUGGCGGUGGCUGCUCUUCAAACAGUGGAAUGGGAUGCUGGAAUCGGCAGGACCACUACCUGACUGGGAGCGCAAUCUGGCUGAGCGGUUGCAAACCCUUGAUGAUAGUGAGCGUGCGAGGGUACAGGAGGCACGCAGGAACGGCUUGACAGAUGCAGCACUCUUUUGGGCGUUGUUCUAA